CCUGUGCUUUGGAACGUGGCCAACGGUGUGGCUCGGCACCGUGGUCGUCGUCGUCGUCGUUGUCGUUUAGCACAUCUCAAAAUGCACGUCGAACGCGACCAACGUCACGGUGGCCAGGGUCCUCUCUCCUGUUGGGCUCAGGCCCAUCGGGGGUGCAUAAAUCCAUGCGCUGCCGAGGGCCCCCCCUCCCAGGCGACGCUUCCGUCACCCUCCGGCUCCGAGUCGGCACCGUUGGCCAGAGCAAGAGCAGCCUGAGACCCAGGUGGUGGGACGCAGAACAGUGACGCACCCUGGGCCUCGCGUUUGGCUGUUCCAGCCACUGCAGGGGGCCCCCUGGACCACAUGGCAGAAGUGGCGCCGAGGAGCUGAGUGAGUGCUAUGCUGGCAGUUGCAUUGCAUCGCUACGACCUACCUUCCUUCUACUGCAGCAAGUGAACUUGGUUAGUCGGUGCAUCAUCAGCGCUCGGCAGCGUCCUGGCCCCCUACGAACCUUAACUACAGGGACGCACUUGGCACUCUCUUGCGUCAGCAACCUGAGCGCAAACUUGGCGAUCUACGCGCCCGCAGCGGGCGCUGCUGCUCCGCAUCGCACUGGGAGCGCAGGUAGGUACGGUAGUAGGUGCCUGUCGGGGCAACCUACCUAGGUACAUGCCUGGCCUUCUUCGCAGUAGUACGUCCGAAGUACCUUCAAUCAGAUGAUGACUCAGCGACCGCGAGAGGCCAGCUUUGGAGGGGUGUAGCAGGUCUCCACCCUCCAGCACCUGGACCUACGUGGGCAAAAUGACGAAGACCCCAGCUGUGAAUUGAUGCAGCGGCACAGGACCAUUGGUCUUCUGUCAUCCUGUCCAGACAGCGACGCGCGACCCUAAUCGUGAGCCACAUCGCGAACAUGUCGCAUCCAGGUCUGGCGAUGCUGCCGUCCGUGAACAUCACUGCCGAGCUCAAUGAGCUUCUCGGCAAGCGAGCAGCUCCUCGAGUCCUCGGAAAGGCGAGUCUCGACACAGACGCACUGGAAGGCUUCUUGAAGGAGGCCUACCGUAUCAAUUCCCACAUCACGACACUCCACAAAGAGCUGAGAGACGUUCGACAAGCGUACCUCUCGACCGCGCAACCGCGACGAGCGCACGGCACCCACUCGCAAGGGCAGCCCCGGGUUCUGACGGACCGCGAGCGUGAAGAUGUCGACGCAAAUGCGAAGCAGAUGAUCCGCGAGCUCAAUGCGAGUAUCAGAGCCCUCGAUGACGCCGAGCAGCUUCGCCGGGAGACGGAGUCGGCCAUCAUCCGCAAAAAGUACGCCAGCGGGCUGAGCGCCCUCAGCGCGUGGGCAUCUGGCGGCGAUACAUUGAGCAGAGCACCGGAACAUGCGGCGGCGGAGGCGCAGGCGCAGCAGACGGGCAUGCACCGCGAUGGCGUGCUGUGGUUCCUGCGGCAGAGGCUGGAGUCGUGCUGCCGGACGCAGCAGGACAUGAUGGAGACAAGACUGACGCGGGAAAUGGAAAAGACGCGUGGUCUCAUGGCCCCGCCAGCGGCCGACUUUGCUGAGUUUGCGCCCGCGGCAGCGAAACCGCGGGUCUCGACCGGGUCCACGGCGCAUGAAGACGCCUCCACCGCGUAUCAUGGCCUGACGGAGGAGCAGGUGCAGAUGUUUGAGGAGGGGAAUCAGGACAUGAUGAAACAUUACGAAAGCACGCUGGGGAAGGUCAGGACGGCAGAAAAGUCACUGCUGGAGAUCUCGGAACUGCAGUCGCUGCUGGUCAACAACUUGGCCACACAGUCUGCACACAUCGAGCAACUGGUGACGGACUCGUUCUCGACGACGGAGAAUGUAGGAGGCGGCAACAAGGAGCUCAAGAAGGCGACAGAACGGCCGAGCGCGGCUCGGUAUACAUUUUUUGCGGCCAGCGGACUGUGCGCGUUUCUUGUGAUUUGGGACCUCAUCAUAUGACGAGGACGGGCCUUGGGACCAGGCGACGACGAUGUACGAAGUAGGCAUAUUACACUUUUUGCAUGUAGCGUGCGUAUCUGCUGUAUGAUGCUGUCACAGCCACGGCGAACUGGCGUCUUUUGCUCUUGCUCACUUGUUGACACUUUUGGAAUCUGGACCGUAAAGGACGG